AUGCGGACUGUAAGCCACGUCACCGACAGCUCCAACGACACCUGCGUGGAGGAGCCCAUGGGUUCUCUGUUGGGGCGACGCUGGACCCCGGCCACGGCUCAGGAGGUCAAUGCACACAACGCGCUUUCCCCUGCGACAGACGACCAGGAUGCCUUGCUGGACCCGGCCUCUCUACGCGCCCACCAGCGGAGGCUGUGUCGCCCGCUGACGGCUGCGGCUCUCACAGUCUGGUCAUGCCAGGCAAAGCUGGCCGGGCCUUGGACCGGACGCGAGUCGCCUCCUGCAUUUAGUAUUAACGUCUCCAACCGACCAUAG